AUGACUCGCCCCUCGCUCUUACAUCACCUAAGCGCCUUCACGUCAGUCCUCGUCACGGCCUCUGUAAGCGCUCACGUCCCCGUGUACGACGCACUGGUCGCGGCGUUGCCCCCCGCACCUUUCGACAUGUACAUCUUAGCUCAGAGUUGGCAACCUGCUUUCUGCUUCCAGAAGGAAGAGCAGUACCCCGGGUGCCGCGCCCCGCAGCGCUACUGGCGCUCGCACCUGACGCUGCACGGGCUGUGGCCGGAGCUCGCAGGGAGUGCCCCGCCGAGCUUUUGCUCGGGCGAAGCCUUCGACGCCGAAACAAUUGAGCGCGAGCUCGGCAUUGACACGCUGCACGAGUUCUGGCCCGACGUCAAGUUCCAGGAAGCGUCGCCAAAGUAUACGGACUUUUGGAAGCACGAGUGGGCGCGCCAUGGCACGUGCUCGGGCCUCAAGCAGGUCGCGUACUUUGCCAGUGCGAUCAAUCUCGAGCGCAACGAGACGUUGGCCCCUACGCCCGAACUCCUGCAGGACCACGUGGGCGGGCGUGUUGACGUCCAGGAGCUCCGCAAAGCGUUCGGGGACGCUGCUUUGCAGUGCCAACACUCGCGCGUGGGCGACACGUACGUCACGAUGUUCUCGCAAGUGCUGACGUGCUGGCACAAGGACGAGCACAAUGUACCGACGCAACGCAGUGCGUGCCCGCCCCAUAUCCACUCGGAAGACACGUGCGGGAAAGGAACCGUGACCAUUCCUGGCUUCCGUGCUGCCGACGAGGACGACGCGGAUCAAUGA